UAAGGAGGGAUUUGGUCAAUCAGAGUUUCAGACUCUCGUCAAGCUUGCGGAGCUUUAACAUGCUAAUAUGCUAAUCCGGGCAUAUUUAUCGGGUAAAGGGGGGAAAAAGAAACAAGAGUAACAAUGGGAAUAAAUUCGCAGUGAACGAGAGGAAGCUAUAGUGACCGAUGGGAAGCUGAGGGGGAAGUUUUAAAACUUUUUAAAUACGCUGUGUGCAGUUUGCUGCUAUCCCCUCAACGGCUAGAGCUGCUAGCAGUUUGAAAACUUUCUGGAGCCGCCCAGGAGUUAGACGGACCCUUUCUGGAGUUCUCGGCAGGAGCAGACCGAGUGCAGGAAUUAGACUUGACUCAUGACCGUGGAGGUGUGAAUCGCUCCCCGGUCCUGUCUACCCUGUUCCGGAUGGCUGAGGAACGCGAGCCGCGGGGAGCGGCAGAGAUGAUCAAAGACCGUCUGUACUUCGCCACGUUACGCAGCAAACCCAAAAGCACCGUCAACACACACUACUUCUGCACCGACGACGAGUUUAUCUACGAGAAUUUCUACGCAGACUUCGGGCCGCUGAACCUGGCCAUGCUGUACCGAUACUGCUGCAAGCUCAACAAGAAGCUGAAGUCGUUCACGCUGACCAGGAAGCGAAUCGUUCACUACACCAGCUUCGACCAGAGGAAGCGCGCCAACGCCGCCGUGCUGAUCGGCGGCUACGCCGUGAUUUACCUGAAGAAAACUCCAGAGGAAGCUUUCAGAGCGCUGAUCUCCGGCUCCAACGCCACCUACCUGCCCUUCAGGGACGCCUCUUUUGGGAAUUGCACCUACAACCUCACAGUGCUGGACUGUCUGCAGGGAAUCAGGAAGGCUUUGCAGCACGGCUUCUUUGACUUUGAGACGUUUGAUGUGGACGAAUACGAACACUACGAGCGCGUGGAGAACGGAGACCUGAACUGGAUCGUCCCGGGAAAGUUUCUGGCCUUCAGCGGACCGCAUCCCAAAUCCAGGAUAGAAAACGGUUACCCUCUGCACGCGCCCGAGGCUUACUUCCCCUACUUCAGGAAGCACGGCGUGACCACCAUCAUCCGCCUGAACAAGAAGAUCUACGACGGAAAGCGCUUCACCAACGCCGGCUUCGACCACUACGACCUCUUCUUCAUCGACGGCAGCACGCCCAACGACACCAUCGUACGCCGCUUCCUGCACAUCUGUGAGAACGCGCAAGGAGCCGUGGCCGUCCACUGCAAGGCUGGUCUGGGCAGGACGGGUACUCUGAUUGGCUGCUACCUGAUGAAACUCUACCGCUUCACCGCCGCCGAGGCCAUCGCCUGGAUCCGGAUCUGCAGGCCCGGUUCUAUUAUCGGGCCGCAGCAGAACUUCCUGGAAGACAAGCAGGCGUCUAUGUGGCUGCAAAGCCCGCACACUCUGAAGGAAAGAACGGAGGACAAGACGGCGCAUCUCAUCAACGGCCUGGACGAGCUGUCGCUAAGCUCCGCCCACAGCGCCAACUUCCGCCGAUCGGCGAGCGCCGACCAUCUGCAGGAGGGUGACGUUACAGACGGUUCGGGUCUGACGCAGGGCGACAAACUCCGAGCCCUGAAGAGCCGCCGCCACCCUCGCCCAUCUGUGAGCGGAGGAGCUCUGAGAUUUGAGGAGCCAAAGACGCACCAUCGCUCCAGCUCACCGCCGCUCCGGUUGUCAAAAGGGAGCAGUCAAAGUCCCGCCUCCAUCCUCAAGCCCUCCAAACUCCCAGCAUCCUCUACUUCUCCUGCUGCCAAGAGGAUCGGGAGGAACUCGUUAUCGCCGGUGUCAAACAUCCGAAGCUCAGCCUUCGGCUCGCGCUUGGCCAGCUCCCUCGGAGAUCUCUACGCCGCCGACGCCGAGGAGGACGAGAAGACUCCCUUCUCCUCUUUUCCUCCCUCCUCUUCCUCCUCUGUCUCUGUAAGCCCCGCCCCCUCCGCCCCUUCGCCCGGCUACAGCGGCGGGCCUCGCGGCGCGCAGCACGAGGUCAACAACAACAGUACCUUGUACGGCGGCUACGCGGCGCCCCCUGCAGUCAAGGGUUAUAUGAGGCCGCAGCAUCAGGACGUCAGUGCCUUCAGGGGCCGCGGGCCCUCCAGCGCCAUGAAGGGCCCCUCAGGACGUUACCUGAGCCGCUCCAUACCUCUCUUCUCUAAGCGUGUUGAUCAGGGGAGCCGAGGGUUUUCUCUGCAUCGGGAAACUUUAGCUUCACUAACUGCCAGAGCUGCUGCUGAGACGAGGAAACGCUGCCACAAAGUCUGAGGCUGAGCAGUGAGACACAAAAUUCUCUUCAGUCGGAAUACAUCCAGUACUAGAACCCGCGGCCCGACCUGAGGGUCCAGAACCGGGCACUCCUCCGAUUCCGGCAGCGCCAGCUUUGAAUCGGGAACUCGAAUAAACCGGCGAGAGCUGGACUCUGGACUCAGACUGUAUGUGAGCGAAGCUGUGUGUAAAUGUGACCCGAUCGGCUCCACGAGCGUUUUCAUGUUCCUGACAGAACAACUCGGCCUUCAAGGUGUUUUUGUUUUCUUUUGGUUUUGAUAAACUGGGAGGGUCAGCUGAUCACCCCGUCGCCAUGGUUACAGUAUUUACGUCCAGUUUUAGUGAAGACGGGAAGUCAGGACUUCGGUCUGAAACGCCUUAGAGAAGCUUUAAAAACAAACUUUUAUGGUUAACGGACUGAAGAGACGGUUCUCUUCCUCAGGUUCAGGUUUACGACACCAGCAACAAAAAUAGAAAAAGUUUGAUCUGUUUUCACGUUGACGCCUCCAUCAUGCCUGGAAAAUAAUGAAAUGAGCAGCAAAACUUUAACUAGGCUAAAAUGUAGAUUUAGUUGCCGUGGAGACAUGAGCAGAAGUGUAGUUCGAGUGUCGAUUUUACGGUCGGACUGAACAGUUUUGCCAGCAGAAACCAGCAGCUGCCUGUAGGGGGCGCUCAGCAGAUCACGUCACUGUUUUAUUUUAAUGUUUACUAAUCAACUUAAAAAAUGUUAAAUGUGUUUUUUGUAAGUCCGAGUCCGUCCGUUUUUAUCCCUCGGCUGAAGAAGUUCUGGAUUGUUCCAGUAAUCGGGUCCAAAGGCUCGGUUCCGACCCGUAUCGGACCUCCAGCUGGGAGAGUUCGGACCGGAGCCGCAGUUUCAAAUGGCCCAGAGUGCCUUCAACAAGUUAUCAUGAAGAAGAGACUUUUAUUGUGGCGGUCCCCAACAGGAAGUUGUGUGGCUGCUGUUUUAACCAUGAAUGUUUUUUCAUCUGUAUUUAUGUCACUGAGACUUUAAAGGGAAGCCAGAAAAUAAUGUUUUCUCCCAACUGAACGAGGAGUUUCUACACGAAUAAAAACAGGAAACAAUCA